CAACUUACGUUACGCCCUGGAACCAUGUUUAUACCAACUUCAGGUAUGGUCCAAAGGAGUGAGGUGGUGCUGUCAGUCCUGGGAGAGCUACAAGAGGCAACAGAGAGCCCGGGCCUAGAUGCCCUCACCACUGUGGCCUUGGAAGUGGAUCGGGUCCUGGCAUCCCUCUCCCUUCCCAACACCCCAUGCCAUGAGUUUCCUGACUGGACUGGCAUCGACAGGCUGGCCCACAGCCUGUACCCAGCAGAUGCCCCCGGGGGCCUACUGCCCCUGGUCUGUAAAGGUGAAGGCAACCUGCUGUUUGAUGCUGCUAGCAUGAUGCUGGUAGGAAGCACCAGUAUUAGCAUGGAACUGCAGGUUAGGACUGUGGUGGAGAUGUUGCUCUGGAAGAGGUACUACCUGUGUGGGAUGAUAGACUCCAAGGUGAUGAUCCAAGCAGCUCGCUUCAGCCUCUGUGCAGAGGAGUCAGAAGAGAUGCUCAACCUUCCCAUGACUGUCUUGGAGGCCAUCUUUGAUGCGGACAUCAAAGCCUCCUGUUUCCCAGGCUCCUUUGCCAACAUGUGGCACGUGUACGCCCUCUCCUCCGUCCUGCGGUGCAACAUCUACUCGGUCUAUCCCAUGUUCAACUUCAAGAUUCGACCGUACUUCAACCGCCUCAUUCGCCCCAGAACGUGGCCCAAGAACCUGGACCCAGUCACUAUCCACAUCAUGUGGUCAGGUGAGCUACAGUAUGGGUCUGUGUUCAAGCCCCACCAUUUUGUGGCGUUGGUAAAGGCGAGCGACCUCCGCAUAGGUAGUCCCAACACCAAACAGAGGGUCCGUCCCCUGAAGACCCUGGAGCUGUCGAACCAGGAUGUCAAGCUGUCCUACUCCAGCCUGAAGGACAACUACAACAUCCCCAAGAGCACAUUCUACCGCUGGAAGCGGCAGACCCAGGAACACCGCAAGAAAUCGGCGGUCAGAUACGAGGCAAAGCAGGUCCUUCAAGCCAGCUAUCUGCAGGGUAACCUCAUCCCUUUCCUCAAGUUCAAGGAGUUCUUCCCGGAGAUCUCCAGGUCAAUGUUCUCUGCCUGGAAGCAUGAACUGCUGCUGUCUGGUGGAAGCUUUUCUGGUUCCUCUGCUGGGGAGGUGAGUCCUGGGGAGAGCACCGAGCAGGAGACCUGGUCUUCUCCAGAAGGGAAGCACGAGAAGCCAGAUCAGCAUGAUAGCGUGGCCGGCCUGUUUGGCCUCAACUCCGACAAGCUGGAGGGGGAGAGGGCCCAGACUCUGGCCCACAUGCAGGAGGCCAAAAGGUGUCUGCAGAAUUGCAUUGCCAUGAACACCUCCUUCCCCUUCAGACUUUUCAAAAGAAAUUUCCCUGGGAUAUCUCGAUCCACCUAUUACAACUGGCGAAGAGAGGCCAUGCUGUUCAACCGUGGCUACAAAGCUGGGAGCAGCGAAGAAAGCUCAGAUCCCGACAAGAGCCAAAGUCCCAAAAAUGGUCUGACCACGACAGAGAAUCAUGCUGCCAUCUCCGGAGGGAAGAUUUGGAGACGCAGCCACAAAGGUUUCAAAGUAAACUAUCUCUUAAAGAAGAAGUUCAGAAAUACUGCCAAGCUCCGUGUCCAGAAAUUAAAAUGGUCGCUGUCAAAGUUUAAACUCAACUACCCCUCCCUAUCACCCAGCUUCUAUUGGCUUUGGCGCGGCAGGUCAGAGAGAACCAAGAACCUGGAAAUCAACCCUGAGAUGAACACACCCGAGGCGCAGGAAGUGCACAGCACAGAAACAGGAAAUGAGAUGACGGAGAACGCUGUGAGGGAGAGCAGGAUGGAUCAAAGUGUGUUCUCCUUUGAGGAGAGCCCUAAGGGUCUGACAGGCUCCAUCAUGACCCAGUUUGAUCCACCAGUCCCCAGGUACACCUUGCCCAGCAAGGUUGACACUGAUAAGCAGAUGUUUGUCAUGGAUGUUGUGGCUUUGGCUAACUUCAAGGCCAAGGCUAAGCUGUUUUUGCAGCAACGCUUCGAGGAGAAGUCCUUCCCCACCUUCAAAGAGUUCAGGUCCUACUUCCCCCUGACUCCACGUUCCACCUUUUACAUGUGGAAGAGGGCUCUUCACCAUGGUCUACCUCUGGUACAUGUUUGAGUAUAUGAGCUCUACCAAAACAAAUGGUGCCCUUUUAAUUUUAAUGUUGACUUCUGAAUCCUACUUUCUUCCAA